CUGCAAUUGUCAUUCGGAGGUGAAACCCUAACAUCACUUUUCCAUCGAAGAUUUGAAGAAGAAACGCAUCCUCUCUCUCUCUCUACAAGAGAAAAGGUAGAGGACGUACGCCUUUCUGUCUGUAUUCCUUCGCCGUUGCAAACAUGGCGGUGGAAGGUUCUAGAUCUAGUUCAUCGGCCGAUUCGUAUAUCGGCAGCUUGAUUAGCUUGACCUCGAAGAGCGAAAUGAGAUACGAAGGUGUUUUGUACAAUAUCAACACUGACGAAUCAAGUAUAGGGCUCAGAAAUGUAAGAUCAUUUGGGACUGAAGGCCGGAAGAAGGAUGGUCCUCAAGUUCCUUCUAGUGACAAAGUAUACGAUUACAUAUUGUUUCGUGGAAGUGAUAUAAAGGACUUACAAGUUAAAGCCUCCCCCACAGUGCAGCCUGCCCCACCACCCAUAAACAAUGACCCAGCAAUUAUUCAGUCACAUUAUCCUCGGCCUGCACCUAUAACUUCAAGCUUGCCAUCCACUGAUGCUGGAUCUUUGGCUGACCUUAAUCCUCAUACUUCACAAUUACCACAUCCAGGGUCAAAUUUUCAGAGUGGCUUGCCUUUGUAUCAACCUGGUGGAAACCUAGGAUCAUGGGGGCCUUCACCCCCUCCUCCAAAUGCAAGUGGUAACGGAUUAGCAAUGCCAAUGUAUUGGCAAGGGUAUUAUGGUCCUCCUCCUCCCAAUGGGUUACCACAUAUGCACCAACAACCUUUGCUUCGUCCACCACAGGGGUUGUCAAUGCCUCCUUUGAUGCAGCAGCCAUUGCAGUAUCCUAGUUUUAAUCCCUCCUUACCAGCUGGAGCUUCUAAUCUAACUGCUCCAAAUUCCCUAGAAUACCCUCCAUCCCUUGUGCCUCCCAUUACUGGCUCCUUUAAUUUGGCAUCUACAUCUCUACCACCUUCAGCUUUGCCAUCAGCUUUACCUCAAGUUCCCUCUGUUACUUUAUCUCCAGAAACAUUCCCCAGUUCUAUCCCAAAUAAGACUGUUAGUCCGCCAGUAACCCUAGGUGUGAAUCUGCCUGUUGUUCCCCCAUUGACAACAUCGAUUCAGGAAUCAAAUGGCAUUUUACCGCCAAUUUCUAGUAAGCCCAUAGCAACUUCUAGUUCAGUGUUGCCCUAUCAGUCUAUUUCUCAAUCUAUAUCCUCUAUUGGAACGGGUAGCUCAAGUCAGCUAGAAACACCUUCUCUUAUAACACCUGGCCAGUUGCUACAGUCUGGGCCUGUUGCAGUCUCUUCAGCUCAGUCUGUACAAACAGCUGACAAAGAUGUGGAGGUAGUUCAAGUUUCAUCAUCAUCAUCAUCAACUGAACAACCUGCUCUAGUUUCAGCAGAAUCUCAACCUCCAAUAUUGCCAUUACCUGAACAGCCUUCACCUGCAGGCCCAAAGUUCAUUGGAGCUCCUCAUUAUAACCGCAACAAUCAAAGGGGUCGUGAAAGAGGCAGAGGACCUGGGAGUUCAUCACGUCCUGUUGCAAAGUUCACUGAGGAUUUUGAUUUUAUGGCAAUGAAUGAGAAAUUCAACAAAGAUGAAGUAUGGGGUCAUCUUGGGAAGCACAAUAAUGAAGGAGAUAAUCAUGAGGAUGACUAUGAAGAUGAACAAGAUUCUGCUGCACUCAAGAAACUUGAAACCAAACCUGUCUACAACAAGGAUGACUUCUUUGAUUCCCUUUCUUGCAAUGCAUUUGAUCGUCAGUCAAAUGUCGGAAGACCAAGAUUCUCCGAGCAAAUGAAGCUCGAUACUGAGACAUUUGGGGAAUUAUCACGACAUCGGGGUGGGCAUGGUGGCCGUGGUUAUAACCGUGGUGGUGGUGGUGGUCGAUUUCGAGGCGGUUAUCAUGGAAGGGGGGGAGGUUAUGGUGGUGGUGGAGGUUAUGGUGGCGGCGGCGGUGGUGGUGGCGGCGGCUACACUGGCAUGGGUGGCGGAGGCUACACUGGCAGGGGUGGCCGAGGUAGGGGCAUGCCUCACCAUGGUGAAUAAGUGAAUGUUUUGUGAGUUUGAUUUGGUCAGAAAUAAAAUAAAGAAACUAGAGCUUGUAAUGGUUUUAGGAUUUUAUUCUGUUGUUUUCUUUUGUAGACAUAUUUUUCAUCCUUUUAAUUGGUUUCUCUGACCUGACUUGUAUUUUUAUGUACUCAUAAUUGAUGUUUUUAGUUUAA